CUCCUUCCCCAUCAAUCUUUCCCCAUCAAUCUUUCCUCUCUUCUGCAACCGAGCCGGCCUACCCCUCUGCAUGAACCAGCCUGCACCUACCCUGCACCGAGCCCUGCAUCCCUGGCCUCUUCGCGCCUGCACUCUGCGCCUCACUGCCGGCCUUGCUUCCUGCACCUGCUCUGCACCGAAUCUACAUCAAUCUCCAGCUCUGCACUGCGCCAGCCUUCCUCUGCACCAGAUCCCCUCUCCUCUGCGCCUCACUGCCGGCCUUACUUGCUGCUCUGCCUCUGCACGCUACAGCAGCUCCAGACAAAUUAGCAUUAAUAUUGAUUGACAGAGCAGGGCUUUUUUUUAUUACUUUUAUCUUUAUUUUUCUCUUUUAUUCGGGUAUAUAUAUAGAGAAAAAUCAGAUUGAAAAGGGGGUUUUUGUUGGUUGAUUUUGGGGUCCGUUUGCUGGGAGUCAUUGUUCUUGGUUUCGGGGGAAGGAGAGAGAAGAAAACCAAGCUGAUUCCGGUGAUAUUUCAGCCUCCUUUUGCUAGGUAUUUUCCUACAACAGAGGAGCCUUUUUGGGGAGGCAGUGAGGGGAAUGAUCUGGGCUUGAUCCCGUGGGUGGGAUCCGCCAGAUCGGACUCUGAUCUGUUACCCAGAAAGUUCCGCCGUGUUUGUUUCUUUGUCCUCCUGUUUCUGUGAUCUGCUUCUAUGAUAUUUACGUUUGUAUGUGUUUACUGAAAAUCAAUGAAAGAAGAUAAAAAAAAAUGUUCAGUUUAUUUUGUAUGAUGAUUGUGUUUCCCUUUCUUCCUGUUAAUGAAUGUUUAUUUUAUUU